CGCUCCGCCCGCUGGACGCGGUCGCUAUGGUAACCCAUUCGCCUCUACCUCAGGAGUUUACCAACAUUUGAGCUGGAAAUGACAGAAGACCACAAAGUGCUACUUUCGCAGUCUCCUUUAUCACCCUUGACUAAAGUCACAGACAUAUCACAGCAAAGCAGUCCUGAAGACACCUUCAAUGGGGAUACCAUUCAAUCAACUUACAAAUACUUUUCAAGUGCCUUACCAAGGGAGUUUAUGUCAUCCCAGGCAAAAGCAGUUAUUAAAACUACUGAAGAUUAUUUGCAGCCUCAGUUUGGCCCCAACAGACUUUCGCAUUUUGCGGCAGUGUCAGAAGGGUCAGGACUUGAAGAUUGCUCCACACAUCAAACAGCAUCAGAUCAUAGCCAUGAUGAAAUAUCAGACCCAGAUAGCUACAAAUCAAACAGUAAAAACAAUUCUUGUUUUCUAUCAGCAUCCAGGAGAAACAGACCUGUCAGUGCUCCAGUGGGUCAACUGAGAUUUGCAGAGUUCUCUUCAAAAUUUAAGUGGGACCAGAAUUGGCACAGAUUGUCUCAAAGACACAAACUUCAACCCAGACUGAUUAGAGUAACAGCUUACAAAAAUGGAUCUAGAACCGUCUUUGCCAAAGUUACUGGACCAACCAUCACCUUGUUGCUGGAGGAGUGCACAGAAAAGCUGAAUCUGAACAUGGCCGCACGACGAGUGUUCUUGGCAGACGGCAGUGAAGCCCUCGAACCUGAAGACAUACCCCGCGAAGCAGACGUUUAUGUUUCAACGGGAGAGCCCUUUUUAGAUCCAUUCAAAAAAAUUAAAGACCAUCUGUUGUUAAUGAAGAAAGUAACUUGGACAAUGAAUGGGCUGAUGCUUCCUACUGAUGUCAAAAGACGGAAAACCAAGACUGUUCUUUCUGUUAGAAUGCAGAAACUUAUUGAGAAGACCUCAGCCCGAAUUCUGCUCUUUAAGAAUGGCACGGGGCAGGAUGGGCAUGAGAUUACAGUGGGAAAGGAAACAAUGAAAAAGGUUUUAGAUAUGUGCACAAUGAGAAUGAACCUAAAUUCACCAGCCAGAUAUCUCUAUGACUUGUAUGGCAGAAAAAUCAAAGAGAUUUCAAAAGUUCCUCUGCUUGAAAAAUGCCUGCAAAACUCCAUCACACCUUUACGGGGACCAGUUUGGGUCUCUAAGGGAGAAGGUUUCAGCCCCUCAGGAGCUAAGAUGUACAUCCAAGGAGUUCUUUUGGCCUUAUACCAACGAUUAAAGUCUGCAAAAAAAUAUUCUAAACAGUUGAAACUGGCUGUGAAUGAACAGAAAGGGAAAGUUACUGAAAAAGUCAUUCUUUCAAUGACAGUGAAAGAACACCGUCAGGCACAAGCAGAAGUGAACAGGCUGAUUGAUGAAUUGCAGACAGCUAUCAAAAGCAACAGAGGUCAUCUCUCUAAACUUGGCCCCCAAUUACAGGCUGAGCAGGAGCAAUUCUCCUCUUACGUCUACCAACACAUUAAAAGCCUUCCAGCAAACACUCUUAUCCCAGGAGGACUGCAGCUCAAGAUAUUUGAAAAUGGUAAAGAUACAGGAGAGAUCUCUGUUUGUAUCAGUAAAAAAGAUCUGGAGCCUAAUAGCCCAACUCAAGCUGGCUGCAUGAUGGAAAGAUUACUUCUUAAGAUUCAUCAAAGACUUCAAGGUUCUUCCAUCCACCCACCAGGCCUCAAUUUUUCUUCAAUCCGGCUUUUUGAUGAGCACGGUCAAGAAAUUAAGAAUCCGCUUUCACUGAAGAAUGAGCAAAAAAUUUGGGUCUCUUAUGGUAAAGCAUACAGAUCUCCACUGAACCCUGUUUUGGGUUUGACCUUUGACCAGGUGACUGCAUUCACCAGAGGUGGCAUUACAGUUGUGUAUAAAACCUUCUUGGACCCUAAUGCCCUUCUGCUACCUGGAUGUGACAAUUGGGAUGUUUGUGAGGGAUUUCCAGUUAACUUCAAGGGCACCAGUCAACAGGUACCUGAUCAAUUUGAAAAGGUGGACAUGGAGAACAGUUUCCUACAGAACAAGGUGGACUCCAAUAUUGUCCUUCAUGCCUCUGUUUCCGUCAGAAAGCAGAGUUUCUCGAGCAGUAAAGAGAGCAGUGGGAGCCAGAUAGCGCCAUCGACCCUGUGGCCUGCAGCCAGUGUGUGGCUGAUCACAAAGACUGGAAUGAUCCUGAGCCAAGCAAUAACUCAGAGCUGUCUAGCUGUUGGUCAUCCAAUCAGAGUCAAGGCUACUGACGGAACAUCACUACAAGGAUACAAAUUAAUCCUACAGAAAAGACACAAAGGAGAUGAUUCUCAGAAGUGGGUGUUUGGAACUGAUGGUUGUAUUUAUUCUAAGGCUUAUCCUCAGUUUGUUCUGACCUACCUAGAGGAGCUAAAUGUACAAGUAGAUGUGACCCAGACAGAGUAUCACCUUCACCACGGUGCCUGGACCACAGCUCAUCAGGAGCAUGGCAGCAGCUUUGCAGAAGAGGUUCUACAAAAAAGUGCCACUAUCCCUGAUUUGAAGCAGCUGCCAGAGCCUUCAGACACCCACUUAAUGCCAGAAGGUUCUCUUGGGGAGACAGGGCAGCUGACAGUGGCCCUGGUAAAGAAACUGGAAGAGAAACAUCCUAAGGCUUCUGCUCAGAGGUGGGCCAUAAAACAUAAAGGGACGAGUAAGCCAGGCCACUGGAAACAUUCCAGAGUUGAAAAUCCUCUCUGGAAUAAGCUUACCUACAUGUGGCCAGUCCUUCCCAGUGGUCAACUUAAUGAGGAAUUUGAUUGGCCAAUAGAAGGACUGCUUCUUCCAAACAGUCCUCCCAUGAAGAAACCCAUCCAUAAGGCACCAGAGCAUUAUGUCCCUGUGAGACUCAGAGUUUUGCGGAAUGGCGACAAGAACAAAGCCAGGGCCCUUGUUAUUAUCAGCCCAGACAUCUCACCUGGGCGGAAGAUGCAGUGCACUGAAAUUUUAAAUUUACCUUCUGCAGCUCGGAGAUUGUUCAGUGAAAAAGGGAAGGAAAUCUUCACCCUAAAAGAACUUCAAAGAGAUGAACUGGUGUACGUUUCAUGUGGUGAACACUGGAUCAAUCCUGACCUGUCCACUGCUCAGCAAAAGAAACAAAUCUUCCUAAGGAACUUAGCAUCAGAUAUUUCUAAAAUUCAAACCUUCUGCAGUAUGCGUAAGAUAGAGGCUCUUGUUUUAGAAGUCCAAAGUGACAUUGUGUCUGGAGCCAAGCUUGCUGUGAGGAAACCAAUUUUUGGAAAAGAGAAGCAAAUUAUAGAACCAGAGGAAAAGCAAAUGCAAAAAAAUACUUUAACAUUAGAAAAUGGUUCCAGUGAAAUUCUGGAUUCACAUGCAAGAGCCCAUCUCAGAAUGAAGGCUUGUCACACGCUUCUCAGGUAUGCCUGGCAGGGAUCUUCUCAUAACUUUGAUGAGGAUGACAAUCUUCCAAAGAAAAUGGAAGAAGAGCUCUUUGAAAAUAUGGAACCAGAGAAGAAAUACAGCCUUUCUCCAAAACAGAGUAAAUUGCAGAAACUUUGCCACCAGCAGUUUGAAUACAGAGAUGGGCAAAUUAUAAGCUAUGCUGCUCCUCGGCUAGUCUUGGGGGUGCGAGGCCCCAACCUGCGCUCAGGUGUGGAGGUGGUUUUGGUGGAGAAAAAAGCAGAUGAUAGUCAUCAGCGCUGGAUGCACAAGGAAGACAGCAGGACUUUUCACCUGGUGAGUAACCCAGAUCUCGUGCUGGCAGUGUCUAUGACCAAGGCUAGAGAUGAAGUCUGUGGCUACCCGGUUAUUGCUCAGAAAUACAAAUCACAUAACAAUGGGGCUUCUAAUCAAAAGUGGAAUUACAUGAAAAGUAUGAAAGCUUUUAUGGCCUUUCAUAGCACUGCACUGGAUAAAGAGAUCACAGCUGCAAACUAUGCUGGUGUUUGUACAUCUUCUGUGAUUAGAGAAGAAAACGUUGAUCAACCAGGAUACUAUUAUCUCUUACCCAGUGGAAAGAAGAAAACGAUGCUCUGUGUGGCAUGUGGACGAUCCGUGAGAGCAGGGAAGGGACUGGAACAGUUGCCUCCAGGGCUCCCAUUCCUCUGUGCCUCGGCCUCCAAAACCCAGAAGCCCUUCUCACAUGGGCCUUUCAAGGCCAUUGAUGUGGCCAAGACUGAUUUAUCUUCUCGUGAGGCUGAAAACACUUUGAGUUAUUAUGAAGAGCAUCUAUUAUCUUUACGGAUGAAGACCUGCACGCAAGUGGUAUCUCAUUGUGGCAUGGCAGUUACAAACCAGAAGGCAGUGAAAAUAAUUGCAUACAAAAAUGGAGAUGGAUAUCGAAAUGGGAAGUUAAUUGUGGCUGGAACAUUCCCCAUGCUGCUUACAGAAUGUACAGAACAACUUGGUCUGGCCAGAGCAGCCUCCAAAAUAUACACCAAAGAUGGAACCACAAUAAGUUCCUUGCGCAAUUUGGUUUUAUGGGCUCUGGAUGAAUCUUUUAUUCAGAGAGAUUCUGAGGAACCAAAGGAAAAGGCAGACCCUGUUGGAACCGAAGAGACACCUGUUAAAAGUAUGAAAGGAAACUCAAGAAUGAAAGUGAAAACCAAAUCAUCUCCACAGUCUGUGACAUCCGAUAGUUUGGAUGAUAUAGAUACGUCUCUGCUCAUCCUCAUCCUCAGAAAUCCCAUUGCCGUCUGGGUAUCUUGUGGUGAACCAUUUCUGUCUCCAAAUGCUUUGAAGAAAGCAGAAAAAAUAGAAAAACAGAACUGGCUUAAAAAGGAUAAAAUUUUGGCUGAUCUAGAUGUCAUGAAACAUAAAAUGAGACAGUUAAAAGGGCGGCGGGUAGCAGCGCGUCAGCCAGCCACCGUGGUUCCCAACAAAAGCCCUGUGCGGCUGGUGGUAGUGGAAGGAGGCUGGGCUGAGCAGACUCAAGAGGAAAUUAAACUCAUGGACCUCAUAAGACAUACAGAGGCACACCUUUCUGAAGUCCAAGAACUGCAAUCCAAGAGAAAUUCUUUCAUUGCACCUAAAUGUACAGCAUUCAAGCAGAGCAACCUGUAUGAACAGCCCAAUGCAAAACGAGUAUGGAUUUACCUAAAUGGAGGCAGACCUGAAGAUGGCACUUAUGCCUGGGGCAAAACUAUUUCGGAGCUGCUGAAUGACUGCUCCUCUCGUCUCAACCUGGCCCACCUGGCCAGAGCACUGUACACUCCCAGCGGAGAGCCAAUUCACUCGUGGGAUGACAUAGAGCGAGACAUGGUCAUCUGUGUGUCUACAGGGCAAAGCUUUAGAACUCAACAAGAGUUAAAGCAACUGGUGGAGAUCAGAGCAAAUUAUGCCCGAAUCUGCAGGCAGCAGGGCCCUCAAGCCACAGACGUUGUGCUGUCACCGUCUGCCAAGCUGCGAUCCCUGGUCACAGAAAUAAUGUCAGGGCCAUGGAGAAUACCAGGGAACGCUGACAGCCCUGGAAGUUGGGAGCUGAAACUCAGCAGACGAGUGGCUGCAGGUGCUCAGAACCUGCCCGGAGGUCACUGCUGCUCAGCUGAGGCCAAACACGUUAAAUCUUUAUAUGAAAAUAUGUUGGAUUAUGAUUUAAUUUCACUGUCCUUGGCUGGAGUUCGCCGAUUAGAAGAGGACAAUGGACCUGAAACUAAAGAUGCCCUGCACGGUGCCCUGUGUUCCCAGAGCCCCGCAUGGAGUCUGCAACACAGUUGGAUCUGCUUUCUCAGCGGUUUCCCCAUUGCACUGCCCGGUGGUGUAAGAAAAGGAGAGUGGGGGCGUUGGUUUGCAUUCCCCACCGUGCCUAGCACACGCGCGGGGUUGCGCAAUGGAAGCUGUCACGGCCCAGAAGGCCGUUAG